AUGGCUUGGGAAGCUGCCUCCUGUCGGAAAGGGAAAAUGGGAUUGGAGCAGUGACGUGAUUCUGUGCUGGAAAGAGAGAGGGGGAGCGAGGAAGAGGGAGGGAGGAAGAGGGGACGGCUGGACUCCAUUAAGACGAAGCCUGCUGCAAAACUGCUUGGGAUACUCCACUUCUUCGGCGAGUUGCUCUCUUUUUUUUUUACACCACACCUUCAAAAUAAACAGUUUCCUACAUGAUAUAAAGAAGAUUUUUGCUUUUAUUCGUGUCGUCGAAAGUUUAAGUGGAUCUUUUGGUGUCGUUUGUGAAGAAUGGCGCUGGAUGGGAUACGGAUGCCCGACGGCUGCUACGCCGACGGGACGUGGGAGCUGAAGAUGCACGUCACCGAUCUACACAGGGACGUGUCGCUCAGGGUCACCGGGGAGAUCCACAUAGGCGGUGUCAUGCUCAAGCUAGUGGAGAAACUAGAUGUAAAGAAGGACUGGUCGGACCAUGCUCUGUGGUGGGAGAAGAAGAAGACAUGGCUGCUGAAAACCCACUGGACACUGGACAAGUACGGCAUCCAAGCCGACGCCCGCCUCCUCUUCACACCACAGCACAAGCUCCUGCGCCUCCAGCUGCCUAACAUGAAGCACAUGAAGGUCAAGGUCAACUUCUCUGACCGCGUCUUCAAGGCCGUCUCCGACAUCUGCAAGACGUUCAAUAUCCGCCACCCAGAGGAGUUAUCUCUACUCCGCAAGCCACGCGAUCCUAAAAAGAAGAAAAAAAAGUUAGAGGAGGCAGAAGAAGCCGAUCUGGAGCUAGAGGGUCCAUUGCUAACCCCUGGAUCAGCCUCUGAGAUCAUACACAUCGGACCUGUCAAAGGAAGCAUCUACUCCAGCCCGGGAUUGUACAGCAAGACAAUGACGCCCACGUACGACUCCAGGGACGGCAGCCCGCUGUCGCCCACGUCCGCCUGGUUUGGGGACAGCCCGCUCUCGGAGGGCAAUCCCGGCAUCCUCGCCGUCAGCCAGCCCAUCUCCUCCCCGGAUAUCCUGGUCAAACUCUACAAGCCGCAGUCCUUGCUGGACAAAGCCAAGAUCAACCAAGGGUGGUUGGACUCCUCCAGGUCUCUGAUGGAGCAGGAUGUGAAGGAGAAUGAGGUGUUGCUGCUAAGGUUUAAAUACCACAGUUUCUUUGACCUCAAUCCAAAGUAUGAUGCCAUCCGGGUGAACCAGCUCUACGAACAAGCCAAGUGGGCCAUCUUGCUGGAGGAGAUUGAGUGUACGGAGGAGGAAAUGAUGAUGUUUGCUGCCCUGCAGUACCACAUCAACAAGCUGUCCAUCAUGUCAUCCGACAACCACAUGAACAACAGCGAGAAGGAGGUUGACGAGGUAGACGCUGCCCUAUCGGACCUGGAGAUCACAUUGGAGGGAGGGAAGACGUCCAACACGCUGGGUGACAUCACGUCUAUUCCCGAGCUAGCGGACUACGUCAAAGUCUUCAAGCCCAAGAAGCUAACCCUGAAGGGCUAUAAGCAGUAUUGGUGCACAUUUAAAGACAUCACCAUAUCCUGCUACAAGAGUAAAGAGGAGGCACACGGCACACCCGCUCACCAGAUGAAUCUCAGAGGCUGCGAGGUGACCCCGGAUGUGAACAUAUCGGGUCAGAAAUUCAACAUCAAGCUGCUAAUCCCCGUGGCCGACGGCAUGAAUGAGAUCUGGUUGCGGUGCGACACGGAGAAGCAGUACGCCCACUGGAUGGCCGCGUGUCGCUUGGCCUCCAAGGGGAAGACCAUGGCGGACAGUUCUUACAACCUGGAGGUGCAGAACAUCCUCUCCUUCCUGAAAAUGCAGCACAUGAACCCCGACCCUCAGUUCAUCGAGCCCAUCACCACGGACAUCAACCCGGAGUGCCUGGUGUCCCCACGCUAUUUGAAGAAGUACAAGAACAAGCAGCAAGGCUUUAUCAGGGAUUUGAUAUCAGCCCGAAUCCUUGAAGCCCACCAGAACGUGGCCCAGAUGAGUCUCAUUGAGGCCAAGAUGCGCUUCAUCCAGGCGUGGCAGUCCUUGCCCGAGUUUGGAAUCACUCACUUCCUGGCCAAGUUCCAGGGUGGGAAACGUGAGGAGCUGAUCGGCAUCACCUACAACCGUCUUAUCCGCAUGGACGCCAGCACUGGAGACGCCAUCAAGACCUGGCGCUUCAGCAACAUGAAGCAGUGGAACGUCAACUGGGAGAUCAAGAUGGUGACGGUGGAGUUUGCGGACGAGCCCAGCUUGUCGUUCAUCUGUGCCGAGGUGGACUGCAAAGUGGUGCACGAGUUCAUCGGAGGCUACAUCUUCCUCUCCACGCGAGCCAAGGACCAGAACGAGACUCUAGACGAGGAGAUGUUCUAUAAGCUGACCAGCGGCUGGGUGUGAUCGAGUGGCGGCGGAGGCGGUGGGCGUGGCCUUUUUUUUUUUUUUUUUUUUUUGUAAUAGGUCUACUCUGUGUUUUCGUUUUAAAGUCCACUUGCAGCUUUUGUCCCAUUUAGUUGGCUUACGAGGUCACUAAACACUAAACCCUCCCGUGCUCCAUUUUAGCCACCUUCUAAGCACUUGGACUGUGUAGCCUUGAUGAUGAGCCCGUUUCUUCUUCUGAUGUUUUAUCGGGAGGACAAACUUCCAUCACAUGACCUCAGCGGCCUUCGGCAAUUCCGGGUACGUUCAGCUUUUGAAUAUCUGACAAAGCAGGAUGAAGGCUUACUACUUUUUUUAUGCUUUUAUUUGACGUUAAAGCGUAUUUCGGAGGACAUUUUGAAUUUGCAUCUCUUUGCAUGCACGCCAUCAUUGGUUAAAAAGUAAAUAAUCUCAUAUUAUCUCUUAGUUUGUUGCCAACCUGCCUCUCACACCACAUAGUAUUAUUAUUAUUAUUGUUAUUAUUAUUAUUAUUAUUAUUAAACACCAGCAAAAGGCCACGAGAAAAUGAAUUAUGCAAGCUUUUUCCCACAGUAUGAAGGAGCAGGAAAUGAAGUAUUAUUUUUUGUAACUAAUGUAAAAACACAGGUUUUAUAGAAUUGUACAGUCUUUCUCUGCUUUUUUUGUGUAGCGGGUAAAUACUUUUUUUUUUUGGUCAUCCUAUCAGAAUUGAAGGGGAAA